UCUCCUAUUAUUAUUGUUACCCUCUCUCAAACAAAACCCCAUUCGUUCUCCGUUUCCCAAAUCUUUAAGCUCACACUCUCAAGUUCGUAACGCAUUGUCUCUUUGCUGUAACCUUGGUCGAUCACAAAAGGCCCCAUUUCGCACUGGUUCCUCCCAAUUUCUUCUCCGUGCCCGACUGCGGAUCGCUUCCUUCCUUUGCUUAUUCUGAUCGGCUUGUCACCGCGCCGCGCACGAAUCAGGGGUUCGAGCGGCGCGGCAUCCCGCAAUUUGACCCCCGACUGGGCCUCUUGCCUUCGAUCUCGCUAGGUUAUUCACAAAAAUGACAGCAGCUAAGCCACCUGGUACCCCGGUCUCGAAGGUCGAAAAGAUGUCAGUAUGUACCCCUGGAGGCUCCAGAGUCAAGGAGGAGAAGAUUUUUGUCACUGUACGUGUGAGACCUCUGAGUAGAAAGGAACUGUCACUGAAGGACCAAGAAGCAUGGGAAUGUAUCGAUGACAACAAAAUUGUGUUCAAGAUGUCAUCUCAGGACCGCUCCAAUUCACCAUCUUCCUACACUUUUGACAAAGUAUUUGGACCAACUUGUUUGACUGAGAGAGUCUAUGAAGAAGGAGCCAAGAAUGUUGCAUUAUCAGCACUGACAGGAAUCAAUGCUACCAUCUUUGCUUAUGGGCAGACUAGCAGUGGAAAAACAUUUACCAUGAGGGGAAUAACUGAGAAUGCGGUGAAUGAUAUUUACAAGCACAUAAAUAAUACUCCAGAGAGAGACUUUACCAUAAAAAUUUCUGCUAUGGAGAUAUACAACGAGAUAGUAAGGGAUCUGCUUAAACCAGAUUCUGGCGCCCUUCGCUUGCUAGAUGAUCCUGAGAGAGGAACUAUUGUUGAUAAAUUGGAAGAAACAAUGGCAAAAGAUAGUCAGCAUCUGAGAUAUCUAAUUGGAACUUGUGAAGCACAACGGCAAGUUGGUGAAACUGCUUUGAACGAUAACAGCUCCAGAUCACACCAAAUAAUAAGGCUGACAGUGGAAAGUACCCUACGUGAGAAUUCAGACUGUGUGAAAUCUUUUGUCGCUAGCCUGGUGAACUAUUCUUAUUGGUUCAACAAUACUAAUUUCUUUGUUCACUGUGGCAUUUGGGCUUAUAAUUGUUUUCUGCAGAACUUUGUGGACCUUGCGGGAAGUGAAAGAGCUGGACAAACUCAUGCAAGUGGUGCUAGGCUUAAAGAAGGCUGCCAUAUAAAUCGAAGCUUGUUGAAUCUUACAACAGUAAUUAGAACAUUGAGUCAAGGGAAGCGAGGUGUCCAUAUUCCGUACAGAAAUUCAAAAAUAACACGUAUAUUACAGAGCUCUUUAGGAGGGAAUGCGAGGACUGCCAUUAUCUGUACUCUGAGUCCAGCAAUAAGCCAUGUAGAACAAUCUCGAAAUACAUUAUUCUUUGCGACUUGUGCUAAGGAAGUUACCAACUCGGCACAAGUUAAUGUGGUUGUAUCAGACAAACAGAUGGUUAAACAGCUGCAAAAGGAAGUUGCAAGACUCGAAGCAGAAUUGCGCACUCCAGAAACCUCUGCAUGCCCUGAGGCCCUUCUGAUGGAGAAAGAGUUGAAAAUUAAGCGGAUGGAAAUGGAAAUGGAAGAACUAAAGCGAGAAAGAGAUCUUGCCCAAUUACAGUUGGAUGAAUUACAACGGAAAGUUAGUGAUGGUCAUAUAUCGGGUUUAAAUCCAUGUGAAUCAUCACCUCGGCGAGUUGUAAAAUCUCUCACCUUUUCUGGGACAUCACCAUCACCAUAUACCGGUGAAAAGGGUCAUGGGAAAGUUGAACGUGUGAGAAAUCCAACGAGGCAAUCAUCGACUAUUCCAUCCAUGCUCGUGCAUGAAAUUCGCAAGCUCGAACAAUUACAGGAGCAGCUUGGAGAGGAAGCAAACCAAGCACUUGAAGUUUUGCAGAAAGAGGUGGCUUGCCACAGACUUGGUAACCAAGAUGCCGCUGAAACCAUUGCCAAACUUCAAGCAGAAAUAAGGGAGAUGCGUGCUUUUAGAUGUCUGAGUAAAGAGGUUGGCCUUUGCAAUGAGGAUAUGAGCCAGAAUGCUGGAGCAAACCUGAAAGACGAGAUUACAAGACUCCAUACACAGGGCAAUUCCAUUGCCAAUCUCGAGGAAAAGCUGGAAAAUGUCCAAAAAUCUUUAGACAAGCUAGUGAUGUCUCUUCCAAACAGCAAUUGUUCUGUUGAGACGAAUACAAAGUCUUCAAAGUUGCAAUUCAAGAAGAAGAAGAUGCUUCCUUUGACCAUGAGCAGCAAUGCAAACCGACCACACAUCAUAAGAGCACCAUGCUCUCCUCUCUCAUCUUCCCGGCAGGUGUUGGAUUCUGAGGUGGAGAACAAAGUUCCAGAAAAUGAUACGGAAUCCCAUGAGAACAUUUCAGGUUCAAAGAAAGUCACACCAUCCAAGAGCGAGGAUGGUGGAGACGUCUCAUCAAGGGAUGAAACACCACGCUAUCAGCGUUCCAGUUCGGUAAACAUGAAAAAGAUGCAAAAGAUGUUCCAGAAUGCUGCGGAGGAAAAUGUGAGGAGCAUAAGAGCAUAUGUCAUAGAAUUGAAAGAACGUGUUGCUAAGCUUCAGUAUCAAAAGCAGCUGUUAGUUUGCCAGGUGUUGGAAUUAGAAGCUAACGAGGCUUCAGGGUAUGAUGAUGGUGAAGAAUGUGAAGAGAAUAUUUCAGAUCUAGAAAAAUCCCCUGCUGCAUGGAAGUCCAGAUUCGAGGAACAAAUGCAGCAGAUUAUACAUCUAUGGGAUGUUUGCCACGUAUCAAUAAUACAUCGCACUCAGUUUUAUUUGCUAUUCAGAGGUGAUCCAGCGGAUCAGAUAUACAUUGAAGUAGAGGUCAGGAGAUUGACAUGGCUCCAAGAGCACUUUGAUGAAGUAGGAAAUGCGAGUCCUGCUCCAACGGGGGAUGAUCCAAUUUCUCUGUCAUCAAGUAUCAAAGCAUUGAGACAUGAAAGAGAAUUCCUUGCCAAGAGGCUGCAAUCGAGAUUGACAGAGGAUGAGCGAGAGCGGCUAUACAUCAAGUGGCAAGUGCCCCUUGAAGGGAAGCAGAGAAAGCUUCAGUUGGUGAGCAAGCUGUGGACAGAUCCAAAUGAUGCAGCACACAUCGAAGAAAGUGCUGACAUAGUGGCCAAGCUGGUCGGUUUCUGUGAGGGAGGAAAUAAUAUGGCCAAGGAGAUGUUCGAGCUAAACUUUGCACUGCCAGCAAGCAAGAAGCCAUGGCUUCUUGGAUGGCAGCCCAUAUCAAACUUGCUAGGGCUGUGAUUGGAGAGUCAUCACAUAACGGCUAGAGAGGAGGCAUGGAUGACAAUGUCGUCCUGCUGAUGAUGGACUGAACUCUUCAGAAAUGAGGUUCCUGACACACACAAAUUAUUUAUUUCACUUAGGAAACAUGGUAAUCCAAUGGAAGUGAACUCUGAAGACGAGAGAUCAUUCAUGUAUGUAUCUAUCUGUGUACAUAAACUGUGCAGCUGAAGGAGCAUUUAUUACAAAAAACCUCUUCUAUCAUUUGAAUUUUUUUGAAUGCUGCGAUCGGUGCUUAUGGCUUUCAACAGAUAUAUAAGUAGGA